AAGCGCAAGAAGAGCCGCAAGGAGAGCUAUUCCAUCUACGUGUACAAGGUGCUGAAGCAGGUGCACCCCGACACGGGCAUCUCCUCUAAGGCCAUGGGCAUCAUGAACUCCUUCGUCAACGACAUCUUCGAGCGCAUCGCCGGCGAGGCGUCUCGCCUGGCGCACUACAACAAGCGCUCCACCAUCACGUCGCGCGAGAUCCAGACGGCCGUGCGGCUGCUGCUGCCCGGCGAGCUGGCCAAGCACGCCGUCUCCGAGGGCACCAAGGCUGUCACCAAGUACACCAGCUCCAAGUAA